GCGCACGGCGGCACGAUGAUGGACGUUAACAGCAGCGGCCGCCCGGACCUCUACGGGCACCUCCGCUCUCUGCUCCUGCCGGAGGUGGGGCGCGGGCUGCCGGACCUGGGCCCCGACGGCGCCGGCCCGGGCUCGGGCUCCUGGGCGCCGCCCCUGCUGCGCGGGGCCGCAGAGGUGACGGCCAGCCCCGUGCCCACCUGGGACGCGCCGCCCGACAACGCCUCCGGCUGCGGGGAGCAGAUCAACUACGGCAGGGCCGAGAAAGUUGUGAUCGGCUCUGUCCUGACGCUCAUCACGCUGCUGACGAUCGCCGGCAACUGUCUGGUGGUGAUCUCGGUGUGCUUCGUCAAGAAGCUCCGCCAGCCCUCCAACUACCUGAUCGUAUCCCUGGCGCUGGCCGACCUCUCGGUGGCCGUGGCGGUCAUGCCCUUCGUCAGCGUCACCGACCUCAUCGGGGGCAAGUGGAUCUUUGGCCACUUCUUCUGCAACGUCUUCAUCGCCAUGGACGUUAUGUGCUGCACGGCCUCGAUCAUGACCCUGUGCGUGAUCAGCAUCGACAGGUACCUUGGGAUCACGAGGCCACUCACGUAUCCCGUGAGGCAGAACGGGAAGUGCAUGGCCAAGAUGAUUCUCUCCGUCUGGCUUCUUUCGGCCUCCAUCACAUUACCACCGCUCUUCGGAUGGGCUCAGAACGUAAACGAUGACAAGGUGUGCUUGAUCAGCCAGGACUUUGGCUACACGAUCUACUCCACGGCGGUGGCAUUCUAUAUCCCCAUGUCUGUCAUGCUGUUCAUGUACUACCAGAUUUACAAGGCCGCCAGGAAGAGCGCUGCCAAGCACAAGUUCCCCGGCUUCCCUCGGCCCGAGGAGCCAGACAGCAUCAUCUCCCUGAAUGGCAUGGUGAAGCUCCAGAAGGAGGUGGAGGAGUGUGCCAACCUUUCAAGACUCCUCAAGCACGAAAGGAAAAACAUCUCCAUCUUUAAGAGGGAGCAGAAAGCAGCCACCACCUUGGGCAUCAUUGUUGGGGCCUUCACGGUGUGCUGGCUGCCGUUCUUCCUCCUCUCCACAGCCAGGCCCUUCAUCUGCGGCACUGCCUGCAGCUGCAUCCCACUCUGGGUAGAGAGGACAUUUCUGUGGCUGGGCUAUGCAAACUCUCUCAUUAACCCUUUUAUAUAUGCCUUCUUCAACCGGGACCUGAGGACCACCUACCGCAGCCUGCUUCAGUGCCAGUACCGGAAUAUCAACCGCAAGCUGUCGGCGGCAGGCAUGCACGAGGCCCUGAAGCUCGCCGAGAGGCCCGAGAGACCCGAGUUUGUGCUGUAAGACAAAACUCUGACUACUGUAGGAAAAAAAGUCAUGAUUCAUGAUCAAAAGUGGAAUAAUGGAGACGAAAUGAACAAGGCAAGACAGAGAUGGAAACAUAACCAUUUGCUGAGCCCACAGAAUGGAGCGUGGCUUGUCCUUUCCUGGGGUAGCUGAAACGUAACAACCAGGGUGAUCUGUUGUACAAAGCAUAUGAUGAGGGAGAUGGUAACCUCUUGUCCUUCUCUGUGGAUCAGUGCUGUGGUGUGCCAAGGAAAACAGUUCUCAGUUUAAGACAGCCAGAUCAGCUCAUCAGUAAGCACACAGACAGAGCUGAGUCCCAGAAAGGAAAUGGUUUCUGGUGCUUUGUGUACAUCCAAGCCCCUACAAAUUGAAGAAGGUUCCAAUGCAAACUUCCCAUGCUUCCAAGUCUAGGCAUUGUGGUGAAUAUUCAGGAAUCAUUCAUGAGACAGAAUGUAUUUUGUGGUAGGACAGAAGGGUGUUUUUCCAAGCAAACUGUGAUAAGCCUAGUGUUGAAUAUGUUGCAUGUCCGUGUUAGAAAACAGAAUCCCAUCAUCAGCUAAUACAAAUGAUGUCCCAGAGCAGUGUCUGGUUAAAGCUUCUGUCAACUAGUUUUGCUUUUUUGCAGGGUCCCUAUGACUUCCACACCAAUGUACUUUUCUUUGUUUAACUCAUUUAUUGUUAUGGUAUAACUCAGGAACAGAUCUCAGGAUGGAGAGAAUCAGAAAACCUGAAUAAAGCUUUUCCUCACACUUCUUCUGAAGGGUCCUGAGGGAUGAAGGGGAUGCCUUCCAUGAGGCUUUGUGCCUGAAUAAAGAAGGAGUGCUACCUAACUGCACUGUCUACCAGCAUGGUUGUUGGCAUACAACUUUUGGCUGUUAUGUCCACACAAAUGCAGUGGGCUCAUGGGCUAGUUGAUAACUGUGUGUCUUUGGGGGAGGAAGUGUGGGAAUAAUGGGGUUUCCCUGGAAGGUUGUGAUGCUUUUGGGGACAGAGCAUCAAUGUGUUAAUUCUUGGGCAGUGUUGUAUUAGAGUGAAUUGUGUAAAUUGGAGGUAGCCUGGGCUGCUACUGGGAAACACUCAGAACACUAUUCUCUCCCUACAGGAGAAUUUGUUUUUUGUGUUCUCUGUAACCUAAAUCAGAUGUGUGCCUGGCCCAUUCUGUUCUUCUUCCUCCUCCCCCCCAUCCCCAAAGCGAGAGACAUUAGGGCAGGUAAGGACACAGAAGAGGCCCCUUUGUGGAUAGUAUGUUUUUAAAAAUUACACUAUGUAAUACAUAAUGAGACAGGAAGUUGGUGGAUCAGAUGAGUACCUCCAAGGGGAGAAAGCAAACGCAAACCUUCGUUAGAUAAAAGAGAACUGACAGAGAAAAUUAUUUUUCUACAAGGAAUGUAGCUGUUCUCUCACAGGAUAAUGUGGAAUUCCAAUGUGGAUUAUGGAUUUCUUCCUCUUUCACUGACAUUGCAUCUCACCAGACACAAGGAAGGGUCUGGAAGGGGAGGUGGGCACGGUCUUUUCAGAUAAAGCGUGUACAAAUUCCUGAACCAUGAAUUUGCAAAAGUGACUGUAUAUACUUAUAUUCAUAAUUUAAAUGAUUAAUUCUGGUCAGAUAAAUGUUGUUAAAUUUGAAAAUGUUUUAUUACAUUACAUCAAAUAAAGUUUAUUUGUAGCUGUAAUAAAGCAACCUAAGUAAUGAUUUUUAA